GGUGGGCGCAGCCGCCUGCGCGGUCGGCUCCCGCGGGCCGGGCACAGGGAGCGGGAGAAAUUUUUUUUUGCGGGGAGGGCGAGAUUAGGGGGAGAACGGGGAGUAUCGCUUCCGCGUCUUCCUCAGCGGCAGCCGGGGCAGCCGGAUCGCGGCGGCGGCGGCGGCUGCUGCGCGGAGGGAGCGUGUAGAGGAGGGAUGUGGGGCUUUGGGGGAGGCAGGAUCUUCGGGAUCUUCUCUGCUCCCGUCCUGGUGGCCGUGGUCUGCUGCGCCCAGAGUGUGAACGAUCCCGGCAACAUGUCCUUCGUGAAAGAAACUGUGGAUAAAUUGUUGAAGGGCUACGACAUCCGUCUCCGGCCGGAUUUCGGAGGUCCGCCCGUCUGCGUCGGGAUGAACAUCGACAUUGCCAGCAUCGACAUGGUUUCCGAAGUCAACAUGGAUUACACUUUGACUAUGUAUUUUCAGCAGUACUGGAGAGAUAAGAGGCUGGCUUAUGCUGGCAUACCUCUGAACCUCACGCUUGACAACCGAGUGGCAGAUCAGCUCUGGGUGCCUGACACUUACUUCUUAAAUGACAAGAAAUCAUUUGUGCAUGGUGUUACUGUGAAGAAUCGAAUGAUUCGCCUUCACCCGGAUGGAACAGUGCUUUACGGCCUCAGAAUCACAACCACUGCAGCUUGUAUGAUGGACUUGAGAAGAUACCCACUAGAUGAACAAAACUGUACCCUGGAAAUAGAAAGCUAUGGCUACACAACUGAUGACAUUGAGUUCUACUGGAGAGGUGGAGAUAAUGCAGUCACUGGUGUGGAAAGAAUUGAGCUUCCUCAGUUCUCCAUUGUGGAAUAUAGACUGGUGUCAAAGAAUGUUGUCUUUGCCACAGGUGCCUAUCCAAGACUCUCACUGAGCUUCAGGUUGAAGAGAAAUAUUGGAUACUUUAUUCUUCAAACUUACAUGCCCUCCAUACUGAUUACCAUUUUAUCAUGGGUGUCAUUCUGGAUCAAUUAUGAUGCAUCAGCGGCAAGAGUUGCCCUUGGAAUUACAACUGUGCUGACUAUGACAACAAUCAACACUCAUCUGCGAGAGACUUUGCCUAAAAUUCCUUAUGUUAAAGCCAUUGACAUGUAUCUUAUGGGUUGCUUUGUAUUUGUCUUCUUGGCCUUACUUGAAUACGCCUUUGUCAACUACAUUUUCUUUGGAAAAGGCCCUCAAAGGCAGAAGAAACUUGCGGAAAAAACAGCAAAGGCAAACAACGAUCGCUCAAAGUUUGAAGGCAACCGGGUGGACACCCAUGGAAACAUUCUGCUGACAUCGCUUGAAAUUCACAAUGAGGUGGCAGGCAACGAGAUCACCACCAGCAUUACGGAUGCCCGAAAUUCAACAAUAUCCUUUGACAACUCAGGAAUCCAGUACAGAAAACAAAGCUCACAUCGAGAAAGCCUUGGAAGGCGUUCGUCAGACAGAACAGGCUCCCACAGCAAGAGAGGCCAUUUACGAAGAAGGUCUUCACAGCUGAAAAUAAAAAUCCCCGACCUAACAGAUGUGAAUGCUAUCGACAGAUGGUCAAGAAUGGUGUUUCCAUUCACGUUUUCUCUUUUCAACCUAAUUUACUGGCUGUACUAUGUUAACUGAGUGACUGAACUUUUUUAAAGGACUUCAAUUACAACAAGCGAUGUACUACUUGCCUGCAGAGUUUAUAUAUAUAUUUAUAUCUAAAAAUAUAUAUAUAUAUGAACUUUUACCAUGUAGACUGUACCCAUGUAUGUGUGAAUACAUGUAGCAAAGAACUGUGUGUACUUAAAAGCACAUACCGCAAAGCAAAAGCAUAUGUAUGCACACACACAUGUACACAUUUGUUCUGAGGUUAUGGACACAUCAACAUAGAAUGCACUGCAGAGGAACUUUUUAAGUCAAAAGGCAAGGUGUCAUCAAAGCAACAAGCCUUGAGAAAGUGUUGUGUAUUAUCACUACAAAACCUUGGUUGUCAUAGACAUUUUCAAACAGCUGUAACCAUGUAUAAAGUCAGUAUUUAGUAGCAUUGUUUGUCGAUGCUGCCAUACACCCUAGUCAUAAAGCGGUAGAGUUACACUGGUAAGUUUAAGUUGUUUAUAUUGUUGAUCCAUCAACUAUGAUUUCAUCAAGCCCAGUUUAUUUUUUAUUUGCUAAAAUUUCUUGGGUUUCUAUAUGUUAUCAUUCAUUUUUUUUUCCCCUCAGCCCUGAAUGGGCAUGUUUUUUAAUCUCUUGCUUUCUCUUCUGCAGUAAGCAAGCCGAUCAUGAGAGUGUUGCUUUAGGUCUUCGGAGACAUAUACAUGUUCAUAAUAUUUCAAACAAGCGUUUUAAGUGUCCAUCAACAGUGAAAUGAAUCUUUUGUAAGUACUGUAAAUGUACAGCACAUUUUCCUUCCCUUGGACUGGUUCCAGCUGCCAUGUCAUUUUGAAAGAGAACAGCACAUUUUUAGUAUAAUUUAGCUGAGAAUUCAACUACUGUCAAUGUGUUCUACAUCUGCUGUAGAUUUAAAGAUUGUUAUUCCAGUGAAAGCAUAGAAGAUGUCUCAGGUUAUUUGCUAUUUCAACAUGAAACCACCUAGCUGUAGCCUUUUUUAAACAUUCAUCCACAUUAUUUAACAUUCUUAUAACAUUGUAUGUUAAUGUAAAAUAUAUUUGCAUAAUAUGCAUAUAAGUAUAUUUUCUCAAUAUUUUCUUCCCUCUGCUUGCUGUUGUGACCGCAUGCUAUGUCAUAUUUUUGUUUCUGUGAUGUUACAACAUUUUAAUCUCUAGAACUGAGCAAGUAGAUUACUUCUGAUACUUUGAUUCAGUAAAAUGGAGCAUUUUCAUAUUUUAUUUGUAUACUAAAAUUAUAUACCUGUACACUUACCAAGGUAGUGUGAUGCUGUUACAGAUCACAAGAGAUAGCAAUCAGUAUGCUUUCUUUCAGCGUUAGCUGUGUUCUGACAUAUCCUUCAUGCAAAUUUGACCACUUUGGGUUUCAUCCCAAUUCAUUCCUUCACCCUGAUUCCAACAUUUUUUCAGUCUAGUGGGUUGCAGUCAUCAAGGUAUGCCAAUUUCAGAUCUGUAAACUUGUUAUUUAUUGAAACUAAACCUUUCUAAAGAAAAAAGGAUAUAUUUUUUGUAACCAGUGUUUCUAUCAUGUACAUUCUCAAAUAACAACAAAUACAGUAGCAUAAAUAGAUCUUUAAACAAAACAAAAAAAAGAGAAAUCAGGCUUAGCCCUGCCAGUUCUCUGCAUGUAGAAUUUCUCUGGGCAUCAAUGGGAAUUUCUGGCAGAUAGAGAACUUUGGAUGCUAGUUAGAAACAUCUAUGGGAUAAAAAAGUGUGGUCAUGCAUCCACCAAAAACAGCAAAAAGGGAGGACACUGAAAAGGUUGCCUUGGCUCUGUAAUGACCCAUGCAGUCACUAGUGCUUGAUUGAUGUGUGAUUAGAGCAAUGAUACUUGUGUUGCUGCUGUGUGCAGCCUGUUACCGUUCCCACUCCUGACUAUUUGCAGCUGAAAUGUUAAACUUUGCUCUCAUCUGAAACUCAGCAUAAAUCAACUGGCGUUACAAAGUCUGCAUUACAAUCCCAUUAUGGGAUCUGCUCCUUGAACAUGAAUGGGCUGCACAAAGUUGCCUUGCAGCAAACCUGCAAUGCGAUCCCUGGCAUUCACAGCAGCUCCGACGGGAUCAGCACUGCAGUCCUGCUGCAUCCUUGGCAGUGGUGCAAAAUGGCUUUAACUGCAGUUCUUAAGCACUCUAUCUGCAGACGGCUGUACAGUAUGGAGAGCCUCAGAAGAACCUAUAUGGCUGGAAUGGAAAAAUUUGGUUUCUAAAAGCUCCUCAGUGUUAGCUCCUAUUGGUAGACCACAAUAUACAAUGAGCUUUCUAAUAUCUCUUCAAACUGUGAAGGGAUUACAGAGCAGAUUGUCAUCAUUAUAAUCAAAGUAACUGAACAAUUAACACCUUCCCAAAGUACAUGUUUGGUAGGACUGUUGAAAAGCACCUCCCCCAGGUUCUUAUCCUAGUAGCAAAAUAUAGCUGUUGGGUUUUUUAAAAGUGAUUUUAAUAAAACUUUGAAAUGGUAGACUUUGCUAUAGAAAAAUUACCCUGAUGAAAUGAUCUUUCAGCAAGACUUUCAGACCUGACAAAUGGGAUCCAAGAAAGGAGUGGUCCCAACCUCAUGAUUUAAUCCCAGUUCUUUCUAUUCUUUAAACCUCAGCUCCUAGAAAUCACGUGAUUAGGCAGAGGUCUUCCAUAGGAAAAGAUGUUUCAGUUGUGAUAGAAAUGUGUACUCUGGAUCCCACUGAAAUCAAUUCUCCAGUGGCUUCAGUCAAGGUCGUGAAGGAAAUGGAGAAUUGUUGUCUGGCCAGAGCAAAAAGGCAAUGUAUUUUCCCAACCCUGCACAGGAAAGAGAAUUCAGUCUCUGAGGACUCUUUCUCAUCCAACACAUAACUUGGGGGCAGUGUGCUACUGCAGUGACUUGCAUGCACCCACACUCCCCACUUUGCCUGUCAUGGCAAAAAGGGGGCAGUUGCAGGUUUCAGCUUUUUUUGCAAGAUUUCAUGUUCAUUGAUCUACUUGACCACCGUGGGGCACAAGCAGCUUGAGCCUUGAACAGAUCCACAUCUGUCUUGAUUUAACUUGAAAAAAAAUCCAGGAAAAUCUCACUUAAGGUUAACACUUCAUCUUCAACACGCUUUUUUUUUUGUGCCUUUCUUUGCCAAUUCCCUUCUUCUGGUCCCAGCACCAUGUCCUACACACAGACACAGACACAACCUUAUGUGUUAAGAACAGUGUUUGCCUUGACUUCCCAUUUUCUGGCUCCCGUCCUUGUAAGAUAGCUGCAGUAUUUUAAACCAUAGAUGGCUUUAAGUCUAAAAAUAGUAAUUUAAACCAAAUUACACCAGAGUAAUGUAAUUAAUAGCUAAUUAACUCCUUUCUAACUCAGCACAGCUAUAAAUAACAUUUACACAUCAUUUGUUUGUAAAAGCUAUUCAAAAAAACCCAAAACCUGGAACUAUUUUGUGUUAUAGCCCAAAGGGUCAAUAAACAGUAGAAAUAUUAUGGUGGUUUAACUCUAGGUUGAUUUCAUCCCAUUGUAAAGAUAAACUAAAACCCAGUCUUUUUUGCUGAAGGCACAUCUAUGUUUUUUUGGUAUUCAGCAGUGAAAAAACAAACAAACAAACAAAAAACCAAAAAGAAACCACAAAAUGGAAUGACAAAGAAAUGCUUUAUGAAAAUACUGAUGAAUGAAUAUUCAUUUAUUAAAAAGGUUUAAAGAUUAA